AUAACACACCCGAAUCCCAUAAUAGAAAACACAAACGCACCUCCUACAUACAAAUUUUUUUGAAGAAUCCUCCUUUGGAUUAUUUCAGUGUAUUAAGAAAUUUAGUAGGCUUGAACAUAUAUUUUAGGCCCAUUAUUCGGCCCAUUAAGACAAGGUUUUUUGAAUUUUGUUGUCUUCUCUCCGAAACCCUCAUCUUCGUCGAUCCUUCCUUUGCCCGGCCGUCUCCAUCCAAAAAAAAAAAUCAAUGGAGGAAGAAGAAGCAGCAGCGAGAGAAGUGGUGAUCGAUAAGGAUCUGAAGAAGAAGAUCAAGGAAACAGUGAAGAAGAUCCUGAAACGUUCGAGCUUACUUGAGAUCACAGAGAUCAAGGCCCGGGAAGAAGCUUCAUCUGAGUUGGAUCUCGAUCUUUCGCGAGAUCCGUACAAGCUCAUCGUGAGAGAAGCCGUCGAUAGUUUCAUCGAGAAGGCGAUUACGAAGAUUGAGACUGAGAUGGGAAAGCUUCAUACUCAGAUUGUAGAAGAUGUCGAUGGAGUAACAACCGAGAAAACAACAACCACGACGAAGAAAAAGAGAAAGAAGAAGAAGAAGAAGAAAACAAAGAAGGUGGUGGAAGAAGAAGAAGAAGAAGAAGAAGAAGAAGAAGAAGAAGAGACAACAGCUACUGCUUCUCUAGUGAAGUAGAGUAGGCUUGAUUGAUGCAAUAACCCCAAAGUGUAUCAAGUUGUCUAACAUGAUGAUGAUCCUUCGAUAUAUAGCUUAUUACUAUUUGGACCUCUAUAGUCUAUAUCAUCAUCAUCUUUGAGUAUUUCUGUUAUUCAAAAUGCAAUAACCUUUCUAACAAUCCUUCA